CAAAAAACUAUAUCACACAUGAAAGAAAAACAUGCAGAAAACUUACAUAUCUCUUUUAAUGAGAGAUCCUUGUAAGGUAAUUUCAUGUCUGUGAAGACGACAAAUUAUUCUUAAACAUCAACUGUUGGACCCCAUUUCAGUUCUACCAACUCUAACAAAUACUCAAGCUCCAAAAGUUGCUUCAGUAGCUAUUUUGUCAAAAUCAUUCCUCCAAAUUUCUUCCUCUCUGCCUGCUUUAUACAACCAAUGCAUGUUUACAAAUAAUACCAAACAUCAAUAUUUAUCAUUUUUCUGUCAGUUCUCAUCAGAGGCUUCACCAAAAAUAUAUAUAUUUAUCUCAAUUCUGAAGAUACCAUGGCCUUGUGACCCCAACAACAUCACAACAAACGGUAGGUGAUCUCACCAAAUCAUUGCCCUAGUAGGUGCUACAUAAAGAUUAAAUGUUUGCCACCUCAAUACUAAAUCGACCACUAAUCUCGUUCACAAACUUUACUGUUUUUCUCUUUCUCCUUUUAUAUAUCAGUUUGACUUCACUUUACUCUCAAGCAAGUUCACAUGUGUUCCUUCAACUAAGAUCUGAUCACCCUCUUCCCAUCUUUCUUGCUCCUGAGAAAGAUAAAAAGAAAAGAAUAAGCUUUUUUUCUCAAAAAACCAACCAUGAGGUCCAAAACCCAAUUCACAUGCAGCCUCAAGGUAGCCAUUCUCUCCAUUGCCUUUCUCUGCCUCUUCAUCUUGCUAUUCCGCUCAUCCAUAUUCUCCUUGUCUCCCCAACUCACCUCACAGACCAACUUGUCAAACUCAAACGCAGUAGCAGUAGAAGAAUCUCACCCCACAACAGAAACAACAGAAACUGCAGCCACACCAUCAUCAUGCCCUCCAAUCCCUGAGAACCCCACAUGCAACAAAGCCCCUCCUUCUUUAUCCAAUGCUCUCAUCCACUACGCCACCACCAACGUCACCCCUCAGCAGACCCUCCGUGAGAUCUCGGUCUCGGCCAAGGUCCUUCAGAAGAAGUCACCCUGCAACUUCCUCGUGUUUGGCCUCGGCCACGACAGCCUCAUGUGGACAUCGCUCAACUACGGUGGCCGCACGGUGUUCCUGGAGGAGGACAAGUCUUGGAUCGACCAAAUCCAACAGAAGAUACCCUCUUUGGAGUCCUACCAUGUCAUGUACGACACACAGGUUCACCAGGCUGACGAGCUGUUGAAGGUUGGAAUGGAAGCAGACUGCAAAAAGGUGAGUGAUCCAAGAUUUUCUCAGUGCCAGCUUGCGCACAAGGGGUUCCCAAGUGAGGUUUAUGACAUAGAUUGGGAUGUGAUCAUGGUGGAUGCCCCCACAGGUUUCUUUGAAGGGGCACCAGGGAGAAUGACUGCAAUCUACACUGCAGGGUUGAUUGCCAGGAACAAAGGCCAUGGUGACACUGAUGUGUUUGUCCAUGAUGUUGAUAGAGAGGUGGAAGACAAGUUCUCAAAAGCUUUUCUGUGUGAAGGGUAUCUGAAGGAACAAGAAGGGAGGAUCAGACACUUCAACGUUCCAAGCCACAGGUCUCGUUUGUGGAGGCCAUUUUGCCCACAGUAGUUCUUCAUGUUUACAUAUAUACUUGCUGUAUCAAUCACUGUCAUGGAAACUGAUACAAUUUCCACCACCAGCACGUAUUCUUUUCAUCAUGUGUGAACUCCUGCUUUUCUUGAGUUUUCGAAUUGAUUCUGAUUUAUAUACAACUCCUUCAUGGAUUCUUACCCUUUCAAUCU